GAUGGACGCGAAAUGUGUAAAGAUGUAGCCAGUCGGAAAUUUUGUUAGAACAUUAGGUUAGUUUUACUUCCAUUUGUCGUCUAAGUAACUGAAGUUGAGGUACAAUCGCAUGAUAUGGUUGUUUCCCAAUAAAUUAACGACCAACAGAAACCGUUAGACAGCAAAACCUCUGUUUUUUUAAAAGCAGCAUGGCGCUCUCAAAUGAAAGUUUCCCCGGUGAUAUUAAACUAACACCAUCCCAAGAAGAAGAAGAAGAGGGGUCAAAAAAUGAAAUCCCCGGACAAACCAAAACCUCCACCGCCAGAGUUUUAAGUCAGGAGGAGCUGGACAGACUCGGCGGGGAGCGGGCUCUGGUGUCCGGCUUCAAGCAGAUGAAGCUUGAGAAAGAAGCUCAGAAAAACUGGGACUUGUUUUACAAAAGAAACACGACGAACUUCUUCAAGGACAGACACUGGACCACCAGAGAGUUUGAAGACCUCAAAGCGUGCAGAGAGUUUGAGUCACAGAGGCUGGUGCUGCUGGAGGCCGGCUGCGGCGUGGGAAACUGCAUCUUCCCUCUGCUUGAGGAUGACCUCAACAUCUUCGUUUAUGCCUGUGACUUCUCACCACGAGCUGUCGAAUUUGUCAAGCAAAACCCCCUGUACUGCCCUGAGCGCUGCUGUGCCUUCCAGUGCGACUUGACUCAAGAUGACCUGACGGCAAAUGUGCCGGAGGGCAGUGUGGACGUCGUCACUCUCAUCUUCGUUCUGUCGGCCGUCCACCCUGACAAGAUGAAGCUGGCUUUGCAGAACAUCAGCAGGGUGCUGAAGCCUGGAGGCAUCGUCCUGUUUAGGGACUAUGGCCUCUACGACCACGCCAUGCUCCGAUUUAAAGCUGGCAGCAAGCUGGGGGAGAAUUUCUACGUACGCCAAGACGGAACCAGGUCCUACUUCUUCUCUAAAGAGUUCCUGGUCGAGCUCUUUGAGGAGGCGGGUUUCCAGUGUGUCGCUAACGACUACGUCUUGAGAGAGACGGUCAACAAGAAGGAGGGGCUCUGUGUUCCCAGGGUGUUCCUGCAGAGCAAAUUUACCAAGCCCGGCCAAUCAGAGAGCUCCUGAUGUCACUUAACCUUUGACUGUCACCUCAUGAAUCUCCAGAGGUGGAGAAGCGUAAGACUGGGAAGGGAAUUGGAGGCUUAAUGGUGUCAGCAAGGAGGCUCAUGGCAGCUGGAUUUCAAUUCAUAUGCCCAUGUGUGCUUGUACCGGGAAUCUUAUAGAUGGAAAUAUGUGGAACUGUAUGAAUUUUCUGGUCCAAAAAAUGCCAACAGGAGAAUGAUAGUUCAGUCUUGAGCUGGAUUAAUAAUGAACAGUCUGAACUCACUUUUCACAGCCUUUGUCAAACUUUUCUCAGCUGCCUUAAAAAUGUUUUUUCUCCUGUGAACAAACAGGUGUUUUUGUUGCCUCCAGCAUAAGUUUCUCUUAUUCCCCAUGAUAUUAAGUUCAUGUAAGGAUGUUUAGGAUUUUAAUUUUGUGUAAAUGAUUUUAAAUGUUUUCACCAUCUGUACUGUGGGGGGAAAAAACAACUGUUCACCUACAGUGUGUCAUUUCACACUUGGUCUAAAAUAGUUCAGAAAACAUGCUCACAGUAUCACCUCUGGUUUGUGGUCCAGGUAGACCACUUUAUUUCUUACUACUGGCUGCUAAUAUUUCACUGAUAUGUUAGAUGAAUCUUAUCUGAUUAAGAGACCAGUAUAUUCAAUAUAAGGAACAAUGAAAUGAUCCUUGAGUGUCUAAUUUUGUCUAGUUUGUCGUUACACAAGUCAUCCAGAGGAGGGCGCUGUUGGUGUGUUAAAGCGUGAUUCAACACCGACCAAAAGUGGUGAUCUGUGGUUUCACUUGAACUUCAUGUAUAGUCUGUGGGAUUAACCAGAGGCUCAUCAUGGAGCCCUGUUCAAAGUAUCAGAGACUAAUACCCAAAAAAGACACAACACACUUUUCCUAAUCAAAUUAUUUUCCUAAUAAACACUCAGACAUUUUCUGUCAGCUUGUAAACAGAAACGCAACAUUACAUUUCUGCCUGUUGGGUUUCUCUCUGCAUCAGAGAUCACAGAGGAUACUCCAAAUCUCACAAACAGAGGCCUGUAAAUCUAAUGUAGUUCAAUACAGCAGCCUAACUAAAUGUAAGGUACACUUUCCAAUAUAAUGCAGUCUAACAAUAUAUGUAUUUGAUUGCAUUAGUUUGUGGAGACAUUGAACAGUUUCAUGUUCAGCACAUGUAAGUUUUUACCUGUGAACAAAAGCUGUCAUCCAAUCUGUAACAGCAGCAUCACACUGAUUAAAGUAAAUGUUUUUUUUUUUU